GUUAUAUCUAUGGUGACACGCAUUGACCAAUAGAUUAACGUUCCUUCAAAAAAAUUUUGUAUAUUGAGUUAAAGAUUAUUGCUAUAAGGGUUAAACCGAUGAUAUAAAAUUUAAACGGAUCUCGACUUGGAGAUCGAAGUUAGAAAAAAAAAGAAAAGAAAUAUCAUGACUUGGCUCGGUACGAUCGCUAAUAAUGUGUUACGGAAUAUUGUUUUUACGGUUCCUCCACCUAAUAUAGUUUUAACUGUCAAAACCGAUCAAUAUAGUAAUCGGCUUAUUCAUUGUCGAGAGGAUGGUAUUGUGUUGUAUAGACCUGGGGAUAAGGGUAUUGAGAAUAAAUAUGAGAUCAUACUUCAUAGACCCUGCACAGAAACGUUGGAUCAAGCUUAUAGCUUGUAUCGAACGGACGAUAUGAUAGAUGGUGAAACACGUUUCUUGAUAUACAAAGAUAAAGUUCCUGUUUUAGUUCAAAUAUCACGCGAGAUGAGCAAUGUAAGCAAGAUACAGAGAUUAUGCGACACUCUAGUAGAACAUCCGACAUGGACGUUGGCGCAUUUAGCUGCUCAUUUUGCACUCUACGAGGCAUUUAAAAAUACGGUGGUAAAUAGUCAAUUGAAUAGCAGCGACUUAGACACAGGAGUAUCGCCGUUACAGGUAGCAGUACAAACAAAAAAUUUACGAACCGUGCAAAUGCUCAAAGCUGCUAAUAGUUCGUUGGAACAUACGGAUAAGCAAGGAAACACGGUGUAUCAUUACGCAGCUACGUCAACCAAAGAUAUUAUUUUAACGAUCAAAGGUUUAUCCAAUAGUUUGAAUAGUCGAAAUAAUGACGGUUAUACUCCGUUACAUAUCGCUUGUAUGAACGACGAACCCGAAUGCGUGAAAGCUCUCUUGUUAAUUGGAGCAGACGUUAAUAUUCCACCAUCAGAUGGACAACCUUCUAGUCCAGGAUACGUAGGCGACUUUUUACAUAAUAAACCUAACGUACUUUAUUCGGAAGAUAUGAGAUUCGGUGGUACGCCCUUGCAUUGGUCUCACAGUAGACCGGUUGUGAAUGCUUUGAUCGAGCACCAUGUGGAUAUAGAUGCUGUCAAUUUCCAAGGACGUACAGCUUUGCACGUUAUGGUAAUAAGAAAACGUUUGGAUUGCGUGGUGGCUUUGUUGAGUCACAUGGCUUCCGUGAACAAAGUCGAUCAAGACGGUAAUACUCCAUUGCAUUUGGCGGUCUCUUCGGGCACAAUAGCUGUGGUGCAAGUUCUCGUUGGGUUUGGAGCUGACAUCAAUGCAAGAAAUUGGAAGUCGGAAACACCAAGACACAUGGUUAAUCUUAAUAACAGCGAUGGCCAGAAGAUACUUUACAUCUUGCAUGCCGUUGGUGCUCAACGUUGUCCAUCCGACAUGAAGGACUGUAAUUUAGGAUGUAAAUACAAUGAGAAUUACAACGGGAUUAUACCGAACGAAGUGCCAAGAUCCGUUCCACGUACUACCUUGGAUCAAAUGUUACACGUAUCGGGUAUGGAAACAAUGGCAUCAUUGGGAAGAAGGAAGAUGAAAGGUGGAAGAUUGUUGUGUCUCGACGGUGGUGGAAUACGUGGCUUGGUAUUGAUACAAACCUUGUUAGAAAUCGAGUCGAUCUUGAAGAAACCAGUGAUAGAAUGUUUCGAUUGGGUUGCUGGUACGUCGACCGGUGGAAUCUUAGCUCUUGGUUUGGCAUCGGGAAAAUCAUUGAAGGAAUGUCAAGCUUUGUAUUUCCGUAUUAAGGAAGACGCUUUCGUAGGUUUCAGGCCGUACAACAGUGAAGGUUUAGAGAAUAUAUUGAAAGAUUGUUUAGGCCCGGAAACAGUAAUGGCUGACAUAGACAGACCUAAAUUAAUGAUAACAGGUGUAUUGGCCGAUCGCAAACCUGUAGAUCUACAUCUUUUUCGUAAUUACGAGUCACCUAGUGAAUUAUUAGACGUCCCAAGGAAUACAGAUUUCAAAGCUACGUUAUCACCCUCGGAACAAUUAUUAUGGAAGGCUGCACGUGCAACUGGCGCUGCUCCCUCGUAUUUUCGUGCUUUUGGUAGAUUCCUCGAUGGUGGACUUAUUGCUAAUAAUCCGACAUUGGACGCCAUUACUGAGAUACACGAAUAUAAUUUGGCCUUGAAAGCAGUUAGACGAGAAUCCGAAGUCGUACCAUUGUCAUUGGUUGUUUCUUUGGGUACCGGUUUGAUACCGGUCGAACCAUUAACCGAUAUAGAUGUAUUUAGACCGGAAGGUUUAUGGGACACAGCUAAAGUAGCCAUGGGUAUUACUGCUUUAGGAUCUUUACUCGUAGAUCAAGCUACUGCUAGCGAUGGAAGGGUCGUUGAUCGUGCUAGAACCUGGUGUUCUAUGAUAGGUGUACCGUAUUAUAGAUUUAGUCCGCAAUUAACAAUGGAAGUAGCCAUGGAUGAGAAGAAAGAUGAAAUAUUGGCGGACAUGAUAUGGACGGCUAAGGUCUUUAUGCAUGCCAAUAGAAAUCAAGUUCAGGAAUUAGCUGCUGUUAUUAAUCGAGACGCGUAGAUUUUUAUUCAGGGUCCGGGAGCUUAUUUUUUUCUCUUUCUUUCUUUUCUUUUCUUUUUUUGCAUCGUUUAUA